UUUGCUCUCCAGUCUCCACAACCUUUCUUCCAUCUCUUUCUAUUUUUCUUUGCCUUGUCUUCUCCUUGACUGCACUUCCAUGAGGCCAGAGGGGAACCCAUUAGACCUCAACAACUUGCCCGAGGAAUAUGGCAAGCAGGCUUUGGAAGAGAGCUCGACGACAACUGCUGCAUCCACCGAUACUACGAGGUUUAAGAAAAAGAAGAGCGAAGGAAAGGACGACAGUGCAAAGGUUUACGAGUGCCGGUUUUGCUCCCUAAAGUUCUGCAAGUCUCAAGCCUUGGGUGGCCACAUGAACCGGCAUCGCCAAGAGAGAGAGACUGAGACUCUUAACCGAGCUCGUCAACUCGUGUUCAGCAAUGAAGGUCUGGCCGGAGCCGGCGCUCAUAUGGGAAGCUUGAGAGAUCUAAACCUUGGGGGCACGCAACCUAUCCCUCCAGGAGGCUUCCAGCACAGAGGUGGCGGCAUCGGAGACCCAUGUCUUCAAUACCGGCCAGUCUAUCCGAGGCUAACGACACCAUCACCACCUCUGCAACCAUAUGUUUACCCUACGACUUCCUCACACCCCAUCCCCUACCCAUCUCCCCAUCCUUCUAUGGGCGAUUACUUCAUAGGCCACGUCCUCAACAGCAGCUCCCAGCACCAAGUACAUCGCCCCAGUUAUGAACCUGAUUCGAGCUACACUUGCUUUGGAGCUCCUCUUGCUCACGGCUUGCCCAUGGAAGGGGUGCGGGCGCCUAUGGGUAGAGAGAGUUCUGGUAAUCAAGCAGACGGGAUGAACUGGAGCUAUGGACACGGCCCGCACAUGGAUUCCUCCUCCUCUACCAUCGAUCGAUUUCGGGAUAACUUCUGAGGAUGAGUAAACGAACAUCGACCACUGGCUCGUUCUGAAGGAAAUAGAAAAGAUGGAAUUGGCCAUCCAAAUGAUCAGUUACUGGAACAAACCUUUAUUUUCCUUUCUUCAUGUUUUUUUUCCGCUCAACUCUGUGGCUUUGAUAGUGAAGUGAAAGAUAGAGAAAUGCAUAU